GGAGCCUCACUGAAUCUCGUCUUGAGACAGUCUACAUAACAUUUACUGUAUUUUAGGUGCGCUCGAGCAGUGUGAUCAGGACGUGCGUGCGUCGGCGUAGGAGCCCUCUAUGUACAGCGUCGGUGUUGGACUGAGCAUCAGUCACACCGCAUGUUGUAGGUGGACGACAGCUAGCGGAUAAAAAAACAAAUCUAUAUCGGGACCAGCCCAGCUGUCAGCAGCGGAAACCUGAACAGGUGGCUCCUUCAGUAUCGGCUUCAAGGCGCAGAGACCCUCAACAGCUUGUCUCCCUCGCUAAUCUCCUCUCUGACGACAGCGCAUUUACCCUGCGCGCGUAAAACCGGGAGCUCGGCUGGUUUGGGCUGGGGGAUCUGAUCAGUCAUCAGGCUUUUACUCAUCCGGGUUGAGUCAGUGCUCAUCACGAAGUUGCACUCGCGGAAAGCGUGUUUUGGUUUUGAGGCUGCACCGACAAGAGUUGGAUACAAUGACUCUUUCCUGGAUUUUAUAAUUUCUCCCGUGUGCUUGGAUUGUCAAGAUCGGCACUGAUAGCACAGCAUGUUGCCAGAAAUAAAUAACAAGACAUCCCGGCCCGAGGCCUUCCCUCACCCUCACAGACACGCCACAGAAGGCAGCCGUAUUGGAACAAGUCGACCCUGCUCACAGUUUGGCUCCGGUGUAGGGACCCUGCCUCAGCUUGAGCCACCAGUGGUCCAAGUGGUGGUCAGCAAUGCCAAAAACCAGCACCAGCAGUCAGACAGCAUCCUGCCCCAAAUUGCCAACAAAGGAGGUCAAAAUAACUACCAGACACACUCGGAUGAGAGGCCGAAGCCCACCCAGCCGUUCACCAUGCGGUUUGGUGCAACAAUGGAUAAAGUGUCAACGUCCCGCAACAAGAUUUUCAGCAACAAGGUGGAGAAGGAGAAAGUAUUUGAGGGACAAAGGUUACCCAUGUCACCUAUAGAGGCAUUAAAUAACUUCCAAGAGCGGCUCACGGAGUUUGAGCAGGAGGAGAUCAUGGACUAUUCAGAGGUCUGGUUCCUGGGCGCGGGCUCCCAGAAGAUCGAGGGUUCCCAGGGAGCGCCGCAGAACUCUGGAUAUGACGACGAGCACGGGAGCUACAUCAGGGUGCUCCACGACCACAUCGCCUACAGGUUCGAAGUGCUGGAAGUGAUCGGAAAAGGCUCCUUUGGGCAAGUCCUAAAAUGUCUGGACCACAAGACCAAUGAACUUGUAGCCAUCAAGAUGAUUCGCAAUAAGAAAAGGUUUCAUCAUCAAGCUCUAGUUGAGCUGAAGAUCCUUGACGUCAUAAAGAGGAAAGACAAAGACAACCUCCACAAUGUGAUCCACAUGAAGGAGUACUUCUACUUCCGGAAUCACCUUUGCAUCUCCUUUGAGCUUCUGGGGGUCAACCUGUACGAGCUCAUCAAAAAAAACAACUUCCAGGGCUUCAGUAUCGCUCUCAUCCGUCGCUUCGCCCAUGCACUUCUCAGAUGCCUGCAGAUGCUGCACAGGGAGAAGAUAAUCCACUGUGACCUCAAACCGGAGAACAUCCUUUUGUCUCAGCGAGGGCCAGGCAACAUCAAGGUGGUCGACUUUGGCUCCAGCUGCUAUGAACAACAAAGAGUGUACACCUACAUUCAGAGUCGCUUUUACCGCUCACCGGAGGUCAUCCUGGGCCACCCCUACAGCAUGGCCAUUGACAUGUGGAGCCUGGGCUGCAUCCUAGCUGAGCUCUACACCGGCUAUCCUCUGUUCCCGGGAGAGAGCGAAGUGGAGCAGAUAGCUUGCAUAAUGGAGGUUCUUGGAAUGCCUCCAAAUGAUUUUGUUCAGUCAGCAUCAAGGAGGAAGUUAUUCUUUGACUCAAAAGGAAACCCGAGGAACAUCACUAACAGCAAGGGGAAGAAACGGAGACCCAACUCCAAGGAGCUGUCAGCUGCUUUGAAAACGAACGAUGCCUUGUUCUUAGAUUUCAUCAAACGCUGCCUCAGUUGGGAUCCAACCAAGCGCAUGACUCCUGACGAGGGUUUACAGCACGAGUGGAUCCUGGAAGGAAAUUUCAACCGGACCAGAGCCAGGCCUACAGCCAAGAAGACCUCAGACAGUUCGACGAGCACGGACAGACAAACUAACAGCAAGCCUGGGGAGAAGGUCAACUCAGAAAGUAAAAGCAACGACAAGCUGAAGAGGGAAAGUUCAGCUUCAGGAACAAAGAUGGCCCCUGCCGAGCGUCUGCGGCCCAUCGGGGCCUCGGCGGAGGAGGAAGUGUGUGAAAGCCAGGGCAAGAACUCCACGGAUACUAAGCGACAAGAAGAGAGCGGAGAGAGGCCUGUGCACAUCAUCAUCAAACCUCAAGAGGAGGAGUACGCAGACAGGAAAGACAGCCAGGAACCGAAUCAGUGUUUGCCCCCUAUCAUGUAAAAGUCAGAGGGAAGCGUGCUGUGUUCAAGACAGUGGGGGGAAGUGGAGGUUUCGUUUUAAAAUGGACUGAUGAGAAAUCUGCUUUUUGUUUGGCUCUGCACAUGUGAGAAAUUAGAAGAUGCUUCACACAGUCAUUUGCAACGGACGCUGCCACGUUGCUACAUGACGUCAAGAUACUUGAUGGGUACUUUGUUCCCACAGUGUUACAGAUACAGAGAUCAUCAGUAAAGGGGGACAGCUAUUUAUUGUUUUAAGUAUACAGUCAUAGGGUAUUAUUUCUGUUCAGUGAAGCUUUUUUUUUUGUUAAAGGAGCUGAAAGGCGUUUUAUCUAUGUGUGUCACAACCGAGACACCAAACAAUAUUUAACACAGGAUGGAAAUGUUGUUUUUAGAUUCUUAGCGCAGCAUCACAUUUUCGCUGUCAACGUCUCCUUGUAUUAUUUAAUGAAAUCAAUCUUUGCUGCGCAUUGAAAAUCUCUUGACAGGUGAGAACUUUACUUUGAUAAAACGAAAAUGUGCAUGGGUAGAGUAGAAGAUUAAAUAUGUUCUUGCUUUUUAUUCGUUUAGUCAUUGUAGACUCGUUUAACUUUCAUAAAGGUAAAGGAUUUCAACGACUGUGUGCAAUAAAGGCUGAGCCAAAUGUUUUUUUUUCUUUUUUUAUUUACAACAUUAUGAAAUAAUUGUCAUGUACAUUUUUAAUUGUAGAAUGAAAUCAAUGACAUACUGAUGAUUAAUUAUUUCAGUUAUUUAUUGUGGAAUACUCCGUGUUUCAUAUUUGUUUAACAGUUUAAGUCAAAAACCAUAAAACGUGUAUUUGUUAUAGAAUUUAUUGUGUAUAUAUUUCUGAUGUAAUUUCUUGGACUACAGAACAUAUUUUAAGGAAAUAUUUAGACAAGGUUUUACUUGUUGUGUUGUUACCGUAUGAAAACAUUUUGUAUGUCUGUGUUAUUCCUAAUAUUUUUUACAUUAGAAACAAAAAGACAAUCCUAUUAUUGAUAGUUUGUGCCUUGCAGUAUUAGAAAUAUUGCACUUUAUUGUGUGUGUGUGUGUAUGUACACAUGGAUUAGAAACGGCUGAGAUGGUUUUGGAUUAACACGCCAGGAUCCCCUUUAUCUGACAAAAUGACAUCUAACAAUUAACUAGCUUUUUAUAACUGAUUUGUUUUUUAGUCGCCAGCAGAGAUCUGACUUAUAAAGUGUAGACCUGUGCACUCACUAUGUAUUAGCUUAGGAAGCAGACCUACUGAGAGGAUGGACUGUAGCUGAAACAGGACAUGUUGAGAAAAGUACUUUUUAUGUCUUUUAUGAUUUAAUAAAAUGUAGUUAAAAAUA